AAAAAGCAGUUUUCCGACCAAACACACGAGAGACAUCUGAAAACCACUAUCAGCAGGACAAAACCGCCUCGUCUCGGUGUCAAACAGUCCUCUCUAGUCUCUUGUAACCAUUAAUAUUCGUUUAUAGUAAGCCCCCUCGUCUCUUCCCUCCCUAAUCUCUAUACUCGCCUCUCUUCUUCUCCUCCGUCUGCUACUCCUUCUUAUUCCUCCCUUGCCUAUUAUUACACGCCACUUGUGUCUCUGUAUCCAUCAACUGCUUCGCCAAACACUCCCAUCUCUCUCGCUCUCCUUCCAAUAUAUCUUCUCUGUGGUUCUUCAUGGAGCGAUGGCCUGAACUCACAGCCAAAUAUUGAGGUUGCCCACUCGGUCUGUGUUUCUGAUAUGGCGUACCACAACCACCAUCUCUCUCAAGACCUACCGCUCCAUCAUUUCACGGAGCAAUCUCAUCAGCCUCCGCAGCAGCAGCAGAACCAGGCGCUGACUGACAACUCCUUGCGAACGAUAUUGCAGGACCCCGUCAGUAAGGCCGGCUCCGAUCCCCACCAACACCAUCACCCCCUUCAAACCGCUCCCAAUUGGCUCAACAACGCUCUCCUCCGAACUCACUACGCCGACAACAAUAACGGCAACAGCAGUAACACCACUGCUCCUAACAAUACCAACGCCACCAAUUUCCUCAACCUCCACACCGCCGCCUCCGACUCCACAGGAGCUGCUUCCCAAUCCUCCAGCCAAUGGCUGGCACGCCCGAUCCUCAACCGGAAUCAUAGUGAUGUCAUUGACGACGUUACCGCCGGGGACUCUCUCAUCGCGGGCGCGACUCUGUCCCCCGAGUCUGCCGAUUUAAAGGCCACCGGCGACAACCUUAAUAGCAAGGGCGAGGCGGUGGUAGUGGAUAGCGCCGGUGCCACUGGGGACGGCUUGAUGAGCUGGCAGAAUGCUAGGUUCAAGGCGGAGAUUCUAGGCCACCCGCUGUACGAGCAGCUGCUAUCGGCACACGUGGCGUGCCUGCGGAUCGCCACGCCGGUUGAUCAGUUGCCGAGAAUCGACGCUCAGCUGGCUCAGUCGCAGAAUGUGGUUGCCAAGUACUCGGCGUUGGCGCACGGGGGCCAGAGCAUGGUAGGGGACGACAAGGAACUCGAUCAGUUCAUGUCGCACUACGUCUUGUUGCUCUGUUCAUUCAAAGAACAGCUUCAACAGCAUGUCAGAGUCCAUGCAAUGGAAGCAGUGAUGGCUUGUUGGGAGAUAGAGCAAUCCUUACAAAGUCUAACAGGAGUUUCACCAGGAGAAGGCACAGGGGCAACAAUGUCAGACGAUGAAGACGACCAGGUAGACAGUGAUGCCAACUUGUUUGAUGGUAGCUUGGAUGGUUCGGACAUGGGAUUUGGCCCCCUUAUUCCAACGGAGAAUGAGAGGUCCCUCAUGGAGCGUGUGAGGCAGGAAUUAAAGCAUGAACUCAAACAGGGUUACAAGGAGAAAAUUGUCGACAUAAGAGAGGAAAUUUUGCGCAAGAGACGAGCUGGGAAGCUUCCCGGUGACACAACCUCUGUUCUUAAAGCUUGGUGGCAAUCACAUUCUAAGUGGCCUUACCCAACGGAGGAAGAUAAGGCAAGGUUGGUUCAGGAAACUGGUUUGCAAUUGAAGCAGAUUAACAAUUGGUUCAUCAACCAAAGGAAGAGAAACUGGCACAGCAAUCCCUCCACCUCUACGGUUUUGAAGAGCAAGCGCAAGAGUAAUGCAGGUGAUAACAGUAACGCGGAUCGUUACAUUUAAAUGAGGGAAAUCUCGAAGGAUCCCGGAGUAUGCCCCGUAUAUUCUUUCUCCUGGAUCAGUCAUGGUGCCUGGAAAUGAAGUGAGAAAGGAGUAGAUUUGUGAUUGGUUUGAUUGGAGUACCAGAGUAAGGAUCUAUAUCGAGAUCUUCAUCAGCCAUUUUAAAGUAUGAAUCCUAGUCUGCAGAGUGUAGAUUAGUUUAAGCAGUGCAUUGGGGUGGGUUGGAGGAGGGCGCAACAUACUUAGGAAGUUGGAUUACAAAUUAUAUACUUCGCGGGAUUAUGAUUUUUGUUCACGUGUUAUAUAAUGCUUGUGGGAUAUAAUAUUAUAUAAACACGAUUAGUGGUCCGGGGUUGUGCGUGUACAGUAAUAAUCUGUGCAUUUUUCCUUUACAAUCAUACUGUUUUUAGUUUUCGAGUUGUAGUCAAAUUGUCAUACAGUAUACAGUAAGUAUUUAAUAUUUGCAGUUUUCGAGUUUA